AUGCCUUUUACUAGCUACUCCGGUCCAGCUUCCAAUUUCCCUCCAAAGCACACCUGGAAGCACUUUGAGGAAAUCUUCAACAUUAACAAGCCCGAGAUGCUCCAAACCGGUGACAGCGCAAACGAUGUCGGCCGCAUCUGGAACGCCGUUAAUGAAGCAGCAAAAAAGCACGGCGUUGAAGAACGAAUCAUUUUCUGCAUCAUCAUGCAAGAAAGUACCGGCAAUGUUGGUGUCGGAACCACUACCAAUCAAGACCACCACGGCACUGCUGGGCUGAUGCAGUGUAUGGAAAGUCUGGGAUUCCCGGGGCAACAUAAUUUGACUCAGCCUCAAAUUACAUCAAUGGUCAUGGCAGGGACCGAGCAUUACAAGGGAAAUUUGAAGCAAGAAGGAGACAAGGACACUGCCGACUGUAUCUAUAAGGCACUUCGCCUAUAUAAUUCGGGCUCAAUUAACGAAGGCAAUUUGAGCGACGGAAAGGGCGCUACUAAUAGCUAUGUCAGCGAUAUUGCCAACCGGUUGCAGGGAAAGACAAGAUAA